CCACGAAGAGAACUCCAGUGGGCCUGCUCUCCUGGCCUGAGAGCCUGGAAGUGGAGCCAGGAGAAGGAGGAGGUAAAAAGGAUGGGAAGCAAGGAAGAUGUGGGCAAGGGGUGUCCGGCGGCCGGCGGCGGCGUCUCCAGCUUCACCAUCCAGUCCAUCCUGGGCGGGGGCCCCACCGAGGCACCGCGGGAGCCCGCCGGCUGGCCGGCCAGGAAGCGCAGCCUGUCGGUGUCCUCGGAGGAGGAGGAGCCGGACGACGGCUGGAAGGCGCCCGCUUGCUUCUGCCCAGACCCGCACGGCCCCAAGGAGCCAGGCCCCAAGCACCACCACCCCCCUAUUCCUUUUCCUUGCCUGGGUCCCCCCAAGGGCGGCGGCGGCGGCGCGGGGCCCGCGGGCUCGGAUCGCACGCCUUUCCUGUCUCCUUCGCACCCGGACUUUAAGGAAGAGAAAGAGCGGCUGUUGCCGGCGGGUUCGCCCUCGCCCGGGCCCGAGCGGCCCCGGGACGGCGCGGCCGCCGAGCGGCAGGCGGGCGCGGCCAAGAAGAAGACGCGCACGGUGUUCUCGCGUAGCCAGGUGUACCAGCUCGAGUCCACCUUCGACAUGAAGCGCUACCUGAGCAGCUCGGAGCGCGCCUGCCUGGCCUCCAGCCUGCAGCUCACCGAGACCCAGGUCAAGACUUGGUUCCAGAACCGCCGCAACAAGUGGAAGCGGCAGCUCUCGGCCGAGCUGGAAGCGGCCAACAUGGCGCACGCGUCGGCACAGACUCUGGUGGGCAUGCCGCUGGUGUUCCGGGACAGCUCGCUGCUGCGCGUGCCCGUGCCGCGCUCCCUCGCCUUCCCCGCGCCCCUCUACUACCCGGGCAGCAACCUCUCGGCCUUACCGCUCUACAACCUCUACAACAAGCUGGACUACUGACUCGCCCCGCGGGCGCCCGCUCCCCGUGCGCCCCGCCGCCGCUUCCAGCUGCCCUCCCUCUCCACCCCUGCCUGCCGCUGAUCCGGGCGGGCGGGGAGAGGGGAGACGGGGGCGGGGGCGGGCGCGGGCUGCACCUGUCCACGGUGCUCCGGAGCCAAGCGGCAUGUUUCCAGAAAUCUUAAGAAAUACACCAUGUGUAUUCGUUAAUUUACCUCUUAUUUAUGGCCUCUGCCCUGCUUUGUUGGUUUGUGUUUGUGUCGGGUAUUUAUCCACAGGCCUCGUGCCAGAUCGCCUGCUUUCUACCCAAAACCAAACCGAGACGCGCGGGGGAAACCCAUUCUGCACAGGGGUGUUUUCUAGAGGUGCGGCGAGAAAGCGAGUUUGCCCCCCCCCCCGAUCGGCUUUGGCUACUAGAGGGCCAAAGAAUCAGACGAACAUCAAGUUAACCAGACAUACCCCUUCUCCCCUCCACGCGUACAGCGGCUUGUCUGUAACCCCGCCAGGCCUUCUGCCUGGCCGGGCCCUCGGGAGUGGGGAGGGGGGGCUUUGGACGCCGAUCUGACCGUCUCUUUUCGUUUCCUUCCUCCUGAGGAUGGGGAGGGGCGAGAUAGAGUUCGGAUCUGUAAAUAUUUUUAAAGA